AUGGCUUCCACCCCCGACGGUGGCACCAAAUCGGCGGGACUCGACUCUCUCCAAAAACUGAAAUCGACAGAACCACCGUUCUUCCUCUCGCCGUCACCGGACCUCUCACAGGCUGCUCGAAUAGCCUCGGAGUACCUAUUCUCAUCUCUCAAUCCAUUCACUCCCAAAUCUCCGUUCAGUCACCUGUUGACCGAAGGAUUUGACGCCGAGCAGAUUUGGCAGCAAAUUGACCUGCAAUCCCAGCCCCUGCUCCUCUCCCUCCGCCGCCACGUCAAACACUUCGAGAAAAACCCUAAAAAGAUUGAGAAACAAUUCGAUUUGGGGGGAAAUAGGUUUAGUGAAAAUCGAAAAGAAGAGACUGAAGAUGGGAAUGGGGAUGAAGAUGAUAAAUUAGUGAGUGGAGAAGGUGAGGAUAUAAAUGAUUUAGAGAAUGAGAGCGAGGGCUUUGAUGAAGACGAAGAGGAGGAGGAUGGUGAUGAUGAUGACAAUGAUGGUGAAAUGGAAGACGAGGACAAGGGAAAUGAAAAUGGGGUGGAAGAUAAGUUUUUGAAGAUAAAGGAAUUGGAGGAGUAUUUGGUGGACGAUGAGGAGAAGGAAUAUGGAUUGAAUAAAGAGAAGAAGAAGAGGAAGAUGCAUGAAAUUACGAAUGAGGAUGAAGAUGAAGAGGAGGACGAUGAAGAUGAUUACAAUGAGCUUGGAUUGAUGGGGCUUGAUGAUGAGGAUGAAGAAGAAGAUGGCAACAAGAUGGAAAAUGCAAGGUAUGAGGACUUUUUUGGUGGUAAAAAAACUGGUCAGGGGAAGAAAUCUAAAGUAUUAAGUGGAUCAGAUGAUGAUGGCAACAAUAAUCAGAAGAAAAACAAUCUUUCUACCCAUGAAAAAGAGCUAGAGAAGCUCCGUUCUGAGAUAGAGGCAAUGGAGAAAGCGAAUUUAGAGCAAAAAACCUGGAUGAUGCAGGGUGAGGUAACUGCUGCUAAAAGACCAAAGAAUAGUGCAUUGGAAGUUGAUCUGGAAUUUGAGCACAAUGUUAGACCUGCCCCUGUAAUCACGGAAGAGGUCACUGCAUCCCUUGAGGAGUUGAUUCAAAAACGCAUCAUUGAGGGGCGUUUUGAAGAUGUCCAGAAGCCCCCUACUUUACCAUCCAAGUCACCAAGAGAAAAAAUUGAAUUGGAUGAGAAUAAGAGUGGAAAGGGCCUUGCUGCACUUUAUGAGGAUGAAUAUGUUCAGAAGACUGGCCUAGUUUCAACAGCAACGUCUUUUAAAGACGAGCAAAAGAAAGAAGCAAGUUUGUUAUUUAAGAAACUGUGCUUAAAAUUGGAUGCUUUAUCUCAUUUCCACUUCACUCCGAAACCGGUCAUUGAGGACAUGUCCAUACAAGCAAAUGUUCCUGCCCUGGCAAUGGAAGAGAUUGCUUCUCUGGCAGUCUCUGAUGCAGCAAUGCUUGCUCCUGAGGAAGUGUUUGCUGGCAAAGGAAUCGUUAAAGAAGAAACAGAGCUAACCAAGGAAGAGAGGAAGAGGAGAAGGUCAAGCAAGAAAAGAAAAUUCAAAGCUGAGGCUACAAAACGGAUGGCAAGAAAGGUUCAACAAAACUUGGUGACGAACAGUGCCUCUGGCAAAGAAGAGUUAUGA